CGAAGGGCCCGAGCGAUUGGGACGUGCCCGCCGGCUGGCAGCCCAACAUGAGGCGAAGGGCAAGGCGGCAGUCCAGCCGAGCGGCGGGAAGCGCCUCGGGUCGCUUGGGGAUUUUGCCACACUGAAAAACUGAAAAAAAAAAAGGGGGGGGGAGAGAGAAGGGGAACCUUGAACCCUGAUCGGUUGCUACGGCAGGACUCCCGAGUCUCCUCGGGAUUGGGAGGAAGAGCUCUCCCUAAAUGCCUCGCUUUUGGCUUCCCCGGGCAGGCGUGCAACAAAUGGCAGCCAGGGCUGUGAUCCGGGCUGCAGUCGCAGCAGCGGCGACUCCCAGCCCUCUCACCCAUAAGAUAUGAGAUGACACCAUGUGACUCAUUCAGCAAGAUCUCUUUCUACCUCUUUGACAGCAAAAAGGAGCAUCCUAUGAGGAGAUCAUCAGAUAGGAGGCUUCCUGGCAACCUCCAAGGUUCCUCACCAACACAUCAAAGCUGCGAUAAGUUGACAGGAACGUGUUUUUGAAAAGAAAACUUGUCAUGAGGAUGUCCACACAUUAACGCAUUUUCAGAUGACAUCACUGAAGAGAAUGAGGUUGUGAUUUUGUUGUCUGAGAACUUUUGUCACCACUGUUGAGUAAAUGAGAAGCGGCCGUGUGAUUAUGCUGACAUCCCAGCAUGCAUUUGGUAGACCUGUGGUUAACUCGUUCCCUCUCCAUGUGUCUGCUCCUACAAAGCUUUGUCCUCAUGAUACUGUGCUUUCAUUCUGCCAGUAUGUGUCCCAAAGGUUGCCUUUGUUCCCAUUCUGGAGGUUUAAAUGUCAGUUGCAGCAAUGCAAAUCUCAAGGAAAUACCCAGAGAUCUUCCUCCCGAAACUGUUUUACUUUAUUUAGACUCCAAUCAGAUAACAUCCAUCCCAAAUGAAAUUUUCAAGGACCUGCAUCAACUGAAAGUCCUAAACUUGUCAAAAAACAUUAUUGAAUUCAUAGACGAACACUCGUUCAAAGGAGUGGCAGAAACCUUGCAGAUGCUGGACUUGUCAGACAACCGGAUCAAAAGUGUGCACAAGAACGCUUUUAACAACUUAAAAGCUCAACCCAGAAUCUCAAACAAUCCUUGGCACUGUGACUGCACUUUGCAGCAGGUCCUGAGGAGCAUGGCCUCCAACCACGACACAGCCAAUAGUGUCAUCUGUAAGACUUCAGACUUGGACGAACAUGCUGGAAGGCCAUUCCUUAAUGCUGCUGAUGCUGACCUCUGUAACCUUCCUAAAAAAACUACUGAUUAUGCCAUGCUGGUCACCAUGUUUGGCUGGUUCACCAUGGUGAUAUCCUACGUCGUUUAUUAUGUGCGGCAAAAUCAAGAAGAUGCACGCAGGCACCUUGAGUACUUGAAAUCCCUGCCAAGCAGGCAAAAGAAACCCGAGGAAGCAGAUGAUAUUAGCACUGUGGUAUAAGGCCAGUAAUUCAGUGACUGGCUUUGACAGGGAAUUUAGAUGAGGGUAGCACGAACACCAGAUGUUUACUUCUGACAUUUGUUGUAAACAUAUAAGACUCCCCCCCCCCCCCCCAUUCAACUGAAUUACACCACUGUCAAAAGUUUCUAACAAAAGAUUUCUGUUGCGGGGGGGUUAAUUCAGUACACUUUUAUUGUUUCUUUGGUGGUAUUCUAAACCAAGUAAACUAAUAUGUAAACAUUAGUUUAGACCCAUUCCACUCUUUAAUAAUGAAAUUUAUUUUUUUAGUUUAAAAAAACCCAAAUAAAAGCUUAACUAUGAAUCAUG